AUGGGGGGUGUGGGAAGCACAGCCAUCAGCCUGCUCACUGUGACAGCAGCCCAGGGUCCCGCCUUACCUGGCUUGCUGGCAAGUCUAAGGUUCACUGAUCUCAAAUUGCCUCUUACCUUUGACACCGCUCCCUGGGAGCUGCUUGGCGGUUUCACUUUAUCUGCCUCCUGCACAGAGAGGCUCAGGCAGCUGAACGGGGCUGUCGACCUGACACUGCAAACCGAAGCACCUAAAGGAGAGCAAGGCUUCAGGAAGGACGUGGCACAGAAAGCAAUGCCAGGCACCUCCCUGGAGGAGAUUCAUCCCACCUACACCUACAAGGUGGUUCUACUAGGGAGCACAUCAGUGGGAAAGUCAAGCCUGGCCUAUCGAUAUGUGAAGAAUGAUUUCAAGGAGUCACUGCCGACUGUGGGAUGUUCCUUCUUCACACAGAAGCUUGACCUGGAAACAGCCACUGUCAAGUUUGAGAUCUGGGACACAGCAGGCCAGGAGAAGUACCAGAGUGUCUGCCACCUCUACUACCGGGGUGCCCAUGCUGCUCUCCUCAUCUAUGACAUCUCUAACAAGGAAACACUCAACAGAGCAAAGCUGUGGCUGAGGGAGCUGGAAAAGGAAUUCCUUCCUGAUGAAAUUGUCAUUGCUUUGGUAGGCAACAAGACUGACCUUGCUGAUGAGCGAGAAGUCACCACUGAGGAGGGGGAAGAGUUUGCAAGGACCAAAGGCCUCUUGUUCAUGGAGACAUCUGCAAAAUCCAACCACCAAGUUAAUGAGAUCUUUAUGGCUGUAGCCUUAGAGCUGUUGAAACUGGAACAGAAGAAGGCAUCCACCCCAUCUGGGAAGUCAACAGUUGACCUGGGGCAGAAUGGGACAAGGACAAGGUGCUGCCAGCUUUGAGGAUGGGCAGCAGUGGCUGAAUGAAGUCUCCAAGAGGAGUAAUAACAAAGCAGGGGGGACACAGAAGCACAGGGG